AUGGCGUCCUCACCUGAGCUUCCACCCAACGUUCACGUCUCCUCUCACCCCUGCCUUCAGGCGAAGCUCUCCCAAUUACGAUCCAAGUCAACACCAGCCAAAGAUGUCAAGACCAUCGUCAACGACAUUGCCCUGAUCCUCGGCUGCGAAGCCCUCGCAGCCUCAACAUCACCAGCCAAAGGCCCCGAGGACCAAACCCCCCUUGGUUUCACAUACAACACAACGGUCCUCAACCCCCGCACCAUCUGCCUCGUGCCCAUCCUCCGCUCCGGUCUCGCCAUGGUCGACGCUCUCCAGACCAUCCUCCCCGACCCGGUGCCCGUCCACCACCUCGGCCUCUACCGCGAGCCCUCGACCCUCGAGCCCGUCGAGUACUACAACAACCUGCCCCACCACAUCCCCGACCCGACCCUCACCGCCGCCUCCACGUCGGCCGCCGCCUUCGCGUCCGUCUCCACCGCCGCCUCCACCCUCGAGGCCGAGGCCACCGGCGGCGCCGCCAACGCCUCGAGCCUCGCCAUCAUCCUCGACCCCGUCAUCGCCACCGGCGGCACCUGCGCCGCCGCUAUCAACACGCUGCGCGACUGGGGCGCCCGCCGCAUCGUCGUCCUGUCCGUCGUUGGCGCCGCCGAGGGCGUCAGGCGCGCCGCGAGCGAGUGGCCCGAGGCCACGGACAUUUGGGUCGCGGGCGUCGAUGCCGAGAUUACCGCCGAGGGCAUGCUGAAGCCUGGUCUCGGCGAUGUGGGCGACAGGCUUUUCCUGACCAUUGGGAAAUAA